UUAAUGAACAGGAAGAGAAAGCUUGGUCAACCUUCCAAAUUUGCUCUCCCGCACCCUCCCUAUUAAUACCCUCCCCAUCUUGCACUCCAAAACAGUCUUACCUACAGUUUUUCUAAUUCUCAGAACAUGGAGCAGUCUCAAGGAUUCAGAGCAUCCGAUCUUAUUCAGACAAUCUUAGCUGUUCUUGUGCUAGGAACGGUAAGUUUAAGGGUCGUAGAGUGCAAAGUAAAUUCUAGUGUUCCGGACGCCUUACACUACAGGGCGAUAAAUUGUCGAAAGCACAGUGCACUUUUGACGGAUUUUGGAGCAGUUGGUGAUGGAAAAACAUUGAACACUAAGGCUUUUAAGGCUGCAAUUGAUAGCCUCAGCAAGUAUGCAUCACAAGGUGGGGCACAGCUUAUUGUUCCUCCUGGAAAAUGGUUAACUGGGAGCUUUAAUCUCACCAGCAGCCAUUUCACCCUAUUUCUUCACAAGGAUGCGGUUAUUCUUGCAUCUCAGGAUGAGGCAGAAUGGCCACUUGUUCCCGCUUUGCCUUCUUAUGGGAGAGGAAGGGAUGGAAAUGGAGAUGGACGGUUCAGCAGCCUCAUAUUUGGUACAAACCUCACCGACAUCAUAAUCACUGGUAACAAUGGCACGAUUGAUGGCCAGGGUCAAUAUUGGUGGGACAAGUUUCACCAGGGCCAAUUCAAUGUCACCCGACCAUACAUGAUUGAAAUUCAGUACUCUAACAAAAUUCAGAUAUCUAAUCUUACUCUAAUCAACUCUCCCUCAUGGUUUGUCCAUCCGACUUAUAGCAGCAAUGUGCUAAUCCAUGGGCUGACAAUCCUUGCCCCUAUUGACUCUCCUAACACUGACGGGAUAGACCCAGAUUCAUGCACAAAUACUCGUAUUGAGGACUGCUUCGUAGUCUCAGGGGAUGACUGCAUUGCCGUAAAAAGUGGUUGGGAUCAAUAUGGCAUUAAAUUUGGAAUGCCCACAAAGCACCUAAUUAUCAGAAGGUUAACCUGCAUAUCCCCCGACAGUGCCACCAUUGCUCUAGGCAGUGAAAUGUCUGGUGGAAUUCAAGAUGUUAGGGCCGAAGACAUUACAGCCAUUAACACUCAAUCGGGUAUUAGAAUUAAGACUGCUAUCGGUAGAGGAGCUUACGUGAAGGAUAUCUAUGUAAGAAGAAUGACCCUCACAACUAUGAAGUGGGUUUUUUGGAUGUCAGGCUCUUAUAAUCAACACCCUGACACUAAUUUUGACCCGAAAGCUUUUCCGGAGAUUAAAGGAAUCAAUUACAGAGAUAUCGUGGCGACGAAUGUUACUGGUGCAGCAAGACUUGAGGGGAUUGCCCAAGAUCAUUUUACAGGAAUAUGCAUUUCUAAUGUGACUAUCUCAUUGAGUAAGACGCCAAAGGAAUUGCAGUGGAAUUGCACUAAUAUUGCUGGAGUGACAAGCAAUGUGACUCCUGAACCCUGCCAUUUGUUGCCCAAAAAGGAAAAAGUUGAUUGUGCCUUUCCUGAGGAUAGGCUGCCCAUUGAGGAUGUACACUUGAAGACUUGUUCUACUACGGAAACUGCCUAGGUGUGAGAGAUCAGAUUGUAAUUUAUAGAGAAAUCAACAUAUCUCCAACAUGUUGGUUCUCUAAAAUAACUGAACCUAGCAUGAUGAAAAUAUUUUCAAGUUUUUUAUUUUUCAUUCAGCUAGGCUUCAUCAUCAUUUUAAUUUUUUGUCGUCAUAAUUAUAUUUUUUAAGCAUGCAAGUGAAAAGGAAAUGAAAUAAAGUUGGAAAUUAAUGUUUU